CAGUCUGGCAACGCCGCUUUCGAACGCAUGCUCCGAUUUGCGAACUCCUCCAUUUUCUCGUUCCUAGCGGCUUUCAUCUCCAUCGUGGCCGUUGCUUUUCUCAUCGAUUAUUCGCAAACUCGAGCAGAUUUAAAAUAAUCAAUUGUGAUUAUCAAGGCUAGUGAUAACAUACACAAAGCAAAAUGAGUAAAGAUACCGCCGCUCCUGCGAUUACUUUCGAAAAAUGCACCGUUAUAGUUCUGGACGUUGCCGGCACCACGAGCUCCAACAGUUUUAUUAAGGAUACUCUCUCGCCAUAUGUAACCAAGCAAGGUGAGGAAUUUCUGAAGGAGAAAUGGGAAGACGAAACCGUAAAGGCAGCCGUGAAGCAGCUGAAGGACGACAUUUCGGAUGCUGAGGGCGCUUUCAAACUCUUGAAGGAACUCACGGAAAAGGAGGAUAGCAACGAGGGAUUGAAGACUUUGCAAGGACUGAUCUGCAAGAAGGGAUAUGAAAGCGGAGAUUUGAAAGGACACGUUUUCGCUGAUGUCCCAGCUGCCCUAGAAUCUUGGAGUAAAGCUCGUAAAGUCGCAAUCUACUCCACUGGCAGUGUAGAAUCUCAGAAACAACUGUUCUCGCACACCGAGGAAGGCGAUCUCUCUAAGCACAUUUCCAAAUACUUUGACCAAUCGACUGGAAGCAAGACUGAAUCGAGUAGUUACGAAAAGUUGCCAAGGAACUAGAAACUAAGGCUGAGGAGGUGCUAUUAUCACUGAUAGUGCUGAAGAGGGAAAGGCUGCCAAAACAGCUGGCAUGCACGUAGCCCUUGUAAAACGUGAGGGUAACGAAAGCCUUCCUGAAGAUGCCGCCAAGGAAUUCACCGUGAUCUCCAGCUUCAAGGAAAUAUCUUUCGAGAAUCCGUCUAAGCGUAAGAACAUUGAGGAAUCCGCACCAGCUGAGGUUCGUUCUAGUAAAAGUAGGAGGCAUAAGUAGUUAGAGAUGGUAGUGGGUAGAUAAAAAGUAUGGCAUGGAGUGGUACAGGAAAUCGUUUAAAUGCUCUUGUUUUCGUAGUGAAUGGCUUGUUUUGGUACAAGUUGGUAGUUUGAGGGGGCAUGCUUUUAUAGCUUGAGGUAGCUGUCAAUUUUAUGUUUAAAAGUCCUCAGCUCAGAAUAACGUCAAGUUGAUUUUUACUCUCCGCGCCAAAAUUUCGAAAAUGAGGUUUUUUGGAUGUACGAUAUGUCGGAUUUUCAUGAAAUUUUGGCACAAGGUUACGGAUAUGUUAAGGAAGAAAAAAUAUAUAGUUUUUGGAAAUCGAUGGAGCUGUAGGCAAACGGAAUGAUAAAAGUCCCUCAAACCCAGUUGUUCACGUUUCAGAAGCUUCUGAUCAUUUUCAGAUAUGUUUCAAGAGUUGAACGUUGAGGGUUGUUGGGGUGGGAGAGGGUAUAUCUCAAUAGUUUGGUGUUAGUAAUUCUGUGCACUUAUUUCAUUCA